GCAGCAAAACGUGUCUGUGUGGGUGCGUGGAAUGGAGGGUGUGGGGGGGCUAGAGGGGUCACAGCCCCAGGGACUCCCCACAUCCUCUUGUGAGGGAAAUGUCCCUUUAUAACUUCCCUGCCCCCACCCCCAGGCAGCCUGAGCUAAACUGCUGGCAUACCUGGGCACCCUGCAGCAGGACAUGGAGCUGUGUGUACUUAUAUACCACAGUCAUGCUCUGCUUGGGCAUUCCUCAGGCCAGUGGAAUACUUGUGCCCUUCUAUUUGAGCUGUGUAGAACAUGCUGCUCUUUGUGAUGAGUUCGUGACACAAAGCAGGGAACCUGGUUCUAGUUUUGUGAGGAUGCACUAACUGAGCUUAUCCUAUUACUUUGAUCCAGGUAGAGAUCUUAUAGCCCAAAGAAGAUGUCAAGGCGCAGUAGCCGUUUGCAAGCCAAACAGCAGCAGCCACUGUCCUGUCAAGAAGAGGCUCCACAAGAACUGCAAGCACUAGAUUAUCUCCAGACCAGAAAAAGAAGAACAACAGAGCAGGAGAUUAAGAAAAGAGAAGAUGGGAAAAUUGCUAAAAAACAUCAAUAUGAAAUUAAGAGUUGUUGGCCACCCACAAUAACAGGAGGUGUCUCACCUUGCAUAAUUAUUGAAACACCUCACAAAGAAUCAGUAACCACUGACUUCUCGAGAUUCAAAAAAUACAGGUUCAGGAACCUCUUCAUAAAUCCAUCACCUUUGCCAGAACUCCACUGGGGAAAUUCCAAAGAUGUCUGGCUCAACAUCCUGACAAAGGAGAACAGAUAUGCUCACUGCAAACACUUCACAUCACUACAUUCUAGUUUGCAACCUCACAUGAGAUCGAUACUGCUAGACUGGCUCUUAGAGGUGUGCGAGGUGUAUGCACUCCACCGGGAAACCUUCUACCUAGCUCAAGACUUCUUUGAUAGAUUCAUGCUGACACAAAAGAACAUUAACAAGAGCAUGCUUCAGCUCAUAGGAAUUACCUCAUUAUUUAUUGCCUCCAAACUUGAGGAAAUCUACGCUCCUAAAAUACAGGAAUUCGCUUAUGUCACUGAUGGUGCUUGCAGUGAAGAUGAUAUUGUAAGAAUGGAACUUAUUAUGUUAAAGGCUUUAAAAUGGGAACUCUGUCCAGUGACAAUUGUCUCUUGGCUGAACCUCUAUCUUCAAGUGGAUGCUCUGAAGGACGUUUCGAAAGUGCUGCUACCUCAGUAUUCUCAGGAAAAAUUCAUUCAAAUAGCCCAGCUUUUAGACCUGUGUAUUCUGGAUGUGAAUUCUUUGGACUUCCAGUACAGAACACUAGCUGCUGCAGCGCUCUGCCACUGUACCUCAAUCGAAAUAGUUAAGAAAGCUUCAGGCUUAGAUUGGGACAGCAUUUCAGAGUGUGUACAAUGGAUGGUUCCUUUUGCAAAUGUGGCAAAAAAAGUUCCUGUGAAGCUGAAGAACUUUAGGAAGGUUGCAGCGGAAGAUCGACACAAUAUCCAGACCCACACCAAUUAUCUGGACAUGCUGGAAGAAGUGAACAGUGGAGUAGUGUCUACUGCCCCAGGGCAGUUAUCACCUGUGUCAACAGGAGGAAUAAUAACCCCUCCCAAAAGCACAGAGAAGAAAUGAAAUACAGCCAACUGUCAUGAACAGAUUCAGAAACAGGACUUGGUGCUUCAGAACAGGACCACACUAAAGGUGACUCGUGUUCUUCACUGCUAUUCAAGACUUGGGCAGUAAAAGAUGCAACAGAUGGAAACUGAGACCAGCAUCCUCCUACAGACUUGACAAAAAGAGCUCAGCUGAGCAUUGCACCCUGCUAUCACAAGAGCCUGGACCACUUUGGUCCAUUCUGACAUGACUUAAUAGUGAGAACUGAAUUCUUAAUUUACGAAUUUCAAGAACAUUUUUAAUAGGGCUGACACAGCAGACUUGCUUUACUUUGGGUUAGAUGAGCAGGAGAAUAUUGACAGCUUGUACGUAUUACCUCUUCUUGACUCUUUUUGUUUCCUUGGUAAGGUCAGAGCUCACUCAUGUCAGUUAGUCCCACCAGCUCAGGUGCAGUAUUACAGAGGUCCGUGGGUAAGCAGUUCACGUCUCUGAAACCACUCUGCGCAUGCAGUACAGUGCAGCCAGCCUUGUAUCAAAUCCCAGCUCCACAGGAGGCUGAGAAAUUUAAAGCCCUUUAGGCCUGCCAUAAACUUCAGUUUUAGUGCAUCACUGACCUCAGGUAAGAGUACCAGCAAAGAACCUGCUGCUGCAGUAACUCGAACUGGAAAAAGUACAGUCCCCAGCUACCCACUUGCAACAAGAACUGGAGAAGGUAAUGGAAUAAAGGGAGCUGCAGGUACUCUACAACCACUCAUGUCAUAGGAACAGUAUUUUAAACUGUGGAGCUGUAUGUUAUCAGUGUUUAUUAUAAACAGCAUUAACUACUGUGUUUUCCUUGGAA